AUGGCCAAGCCAGCAAGCAAAGAUUCAGGCUUGAAGGAGAAGUUCAAGAUUCUAUUGGGACUGGGAACUCCAAGGCCAAAUCCCAGGUCUGCAGAGGGCAAACAGACGGAGUUUAUCAUCACGGCAGAAAUCCUGAGAGAGCUGAGUGUUGAAUGUGGCCUCAACAAUCGCAUCCGGGUGAUAGGGCAGAUCUGUGAGGUUGCCAAAACGAAGAAAUUUGAAGAGCAUGCGGUGGAAGCACUCUGGAAGGCUGUCUCGGACUUGCUGCAGCCAGAGCGGCCGCCAGAGGCCCGGCACGCGGUGCUGGCUCUGCUGAAGGCCAUUGUGCAGGGGCAGGGGGACCGCUUGGGCGUUCUCAGGGCCCUCUUCUUUAAGGUCAUCAAGGAUUACCCCUCUAACGAAGACCUCCACGAGAGACUGGAAGUUUUCAAGGCCCUCACGGACAAUGGGAGACACAUCACCUACUUGGAGGAAGAGCUGGCUGAGUUUGUCCUGCAGUGGAUGGACAUCGGCCUGUCCUCAGAAUUCCUUCUGGUGCUUGUGAAUUUGGUCAAAUUCAACAGCUGUUAUCUCGAUGAAUACAUCGCAUCCAUGGUCCACAUGAUCUGCCUGCUGUGCGUCCAGACCGUGUCCUCCGUGGACAUAGAGGUCUCUCUGCAGGUGCUGGAUGCCGUGGUCUGCUACAACUGCCUGCCGGCCGAGAGCCUCCCCCUGUUCAUCGUCACCCUCUGCCGCACCAUCAAUGUCAAGGAGCUCUGUGAGCCUUGCUGGAAGCUGAUGCGCAAUCUCCUGGGCACCCACCUGGGCCACAGUGCCAUCUACCAUAUGUGCCGCAUCAUGGAGGACAGAGCCUACAUGGAAGAUGCCCCACUGCUGAGAGGAGCUGUGUUCUUUGUUGGCAUGGCUCUCUGGGGAGCCCAUCGGCUCUACUCUCUCAAGAACUCCCCAACAUCUGUGUUGCCGUCAUUUUAUGAGGCCAUGACCUGUCCAAACGAGGUGGUGUCCUAUGAGAUCCUGCUGAACAUUGUUGAACGCCUGCUUCAACAGCUCCAGAGCCUGGACAGCCCAGAACUCAAAGCUAUCGUCCACGACCUGCUGACCACGGUGGAAGAGCUGUGUGAUCAAAAUGAGUUCCACGGCUCGCAGGAGAGAUACUUUGAGCUUGUUGAGAGAUGUGCAGACCAGAGGCCUGAGUCCUCCCUCUUAAACUUAAUAACCUACAGGGCUCAGUCAAUCCAUCCAGCAAAGGAUGGCUGGAUUCACAACCUGCAGUUACUGAUGGAGAGAUUUUUCAGGAACGAAUUGCGCAGUGCUGUGCGUAUCAAGGUGCUGGACGUCCUGUCCUUCGUGCUGCUCAUCAACAGGCAGUUCUAUGAGGAGGAGCUGAUCAACUCAGUGGUCAUCUCACAGCUCUCCCACGUCCCGGAGGAUAAAGACCACCAAGUCCGAAAGCUGGCCACCCAGUUGCUGGUAGAUCUGGCUGAAGGCUGCCACACCCACCACUUUAAUAGCCUGCUGGACAUCAUUGAGAAAGUGAUUGCCCGCUCCCUGUCUCCACCCCCUGAGCUGGAGGAAAGGGAUGUGGUGGUGUACUCGGCCUCCUUGGAGGAUGUGAAGACGGCAGUCCUGGGACUCCUGGUCAUCCUUCAGACCAAGCUGUAUGCCCUGCCUGCCAGCCACGCCACACGUGUGUAUGAAACGCUUGUCAGCCAUAUCCAGCUCCACUACAAGCACACCUACACCCUGCCCAUUGCCAGCAGCAUCCGGCUGCAGGCUUUCGACUUCCUCCUGCAGCUGCGGGCCGACUCGCUGCACCGCCUGGGCCUGCCCAGCAAGGAUGGGCUUGUGAGGUUCAGCCCCUACUGCGUCUGUGACUACAUGGAGCCAGAGAGGGGCUCUGAGAAGAAGGCUGGUGGCCCCCUGUCACCUCCCACUGGGCCCCCUGGCCCGGCACCUGCAGGCCCUGCCGUGCGACUCGGCUCGCUGCCCUACUCCCUGCUCUUCCGUGUCCUGCUGCAGUGUUUGAAGCAGGAGACUGACUGGAAGGUGCUGAAGCUGGUGCUCAGCAAGCUGCCCGAGUCUCUGCGCUACAAGGUCCUCAUCUUCACCUCCCCGUGUAGUGUUGACCAGCUAUCUGCCGCCCUCUGCUCCAUGCUUUCAGGUCCCAAGACCCUCGAGCGGCUCCGAAGCACCCCAGAAGGAUUCUCCAGAACCGACCUGCAUCUUGCUGUGGUUCCCGUGCUGACAGCGUUAAUUUCUUAUCAUAACUACUUGGACAAAACCAGACAGCGGGAGAUGGUGUACUGCCUGGAGCAAGGCCUCAUCUACCGCUGCGCCAGCCAGUGCGUGGUGGCCCUGGCCAUCUGCAGCGUGGAGAUGCCUGACAUCAUCAUCAAGGCGCUGCCUGUCCUGGUCGUGAAGCUCACGCACAUCUCAGCCACGGCCAGCAUGGCCAUUCCACUCCUCGAGUUCCUGUCGACUCUGGCCAGGCUGCCUCAGCUCUACAGGAACUUUGCAGCAGAGCAGUACGCCAGUGUGUUUGCCAUCUCCCUGCCGUAUACCAACCCCUCCAAGUUCAAUCAGUACAUUGUGUGCCUGGCCCAUCACGUUAUAGCCAUGUGGUUCAUUAGGUGCCGCCUGCCCUUCCGGAAAGAUUUUGUUCCUUAUAUCACUAAGGGUCUGCGCUCCAACGUUCUCCUGUCUUUUGAUGACACCCCUGAAAAGGACAGCUUUAGAGCACGGAGCACCAGUCUCAAUGAGAGGCCCAAGAGUUUGAGGAUAGCCAGACCCCCCAAACAAGGCUUGAAUAACUCUCCACCUGUGAAAGAAUUCAAGGAGAGCUCUGCAGCCGAUGCCUUCCGGUGCCGCAGCAUCAGUGUGUCUGAACAUGUGGUCCGCAGCAGGAUCCAGACAUCUCUCACGAGCGCCAGCUUGGGGUCUGCAGAUGAGAACUCAAUGGCCCAGGCUGACGACAACUUGAAAACUCUCCACCUGGAGCUCACAGAGACGUGUCUGGACAUGAUGGCCAGAUACGUGUUCUCCAACUUCACGGCGGUCCCCAAGAGGUCCCCCGUGGGAGAGUUCCUCCUGGCAGGUGGCAGGACCAAAACCUGGCUGGUUGGGAACAAGCUUGUCACCGUGACGACGAGCGUGGGGACUGGGACCCGGUCUCUGCUGGGCCUGGACUCAGGAGAGCUGCAGGGGGGCCCAGAGUUGAGCUCUGACCCCAGUGUGCACGUGAGACAGACAAAGGAGGCACCAGCCAAGCUGGAGUCCCAGGCUGGGCAACAGGUGUGCCAUGGAGCCCGGGACCGGGUCCGCUCCAUGUCUGGGGGCCAUGGCCUUCGAGUUGGUGCCUUGGAUGCUCCAGCCUCCCACUUUCCUGGCAGCCCCACUUCCCCAGGCUCACAGACUGCUCCAGCCAGCAAGCCCGAGAAAGCCUCAGCCAGCACCCAGCUACCGGCACAGAAGGAGAAGACAAACCUGGCGGCUUACGUCCCCCUGCUGACCCAGGGCUGGGCGGAGAUCUUGGUCCGGAGACCCACAGGGAACACCAGCUGGCUGAUGAGCCUGGAGAACCCACUCAGUCCCUUCUCCUCGGACAUCAACAACACGCCCUUGCAGGAGCUGUCCAAUGCCCUAAUGGCCGCCGAACGCUUCAAGGAGCGUCGCGACACAGCCCUGUACAAGUCGCUGUCGGUGCCGGCGGCCGGCUCAGCCAAGCCCCCCCCACCCCCACGCUCUAACACAGUGGCCUCUUUCUCCUCCCUGUACCAGUCCAGUUGCCAAGGAAAGCUGCAUAGGAGCAUUUCCUGGGCAGACUCUGCGGUAGUUCUGGAGGAGGGAAGUCCAGGCGAGGCUAGUUUGCCAGUGGAGCCCCCCGAACUGGAAGACUUUGAGGCAACCCUAGGCACAGACGGGCGCUAUCGGCAUGCUGAAGCUUUCAGCAGGUCAUCUUCGACCUCCAGCCAGGAGGAGAAGUCAUUCCACGCCGAGGAGUUGGCUGCUGGGGGGAUCCCCAUCGAGCGGGCCAUCUCCUCUGAGGGCUCCCGGCCCUCUGUGGAGCUCGCCUUCCAGCCCUCGCAGCCCCUGAGCAAGUCAAGCUCAUCGCCUGAACUACAGACCCUGCAGGACAUCCUUGGGGACCCUGGGGACAAGGCUGAUGUCGGCCGGCUGAGCCCUGAGGCCAAGGCCCGGUCACAGUCAGGGAUCUUGGGCAGGGAAGGUGCUGCCUGGUCAGCCCCAGGCGAAGAGAGCCAGGGCCAGGGUCCCACCCAGCCUGAGGGUCCCUUGCCUUCCAGCUGUCCCCGCUCCCCCAGUGGGCUGCGGCCUCGAGGCUACACUAUCUCUGAUUCGGCCCCGUCACGCAGGGGCAAGAGGGUGGAGAGGGACGCCUUCAAGAGCAGAGCUGGGACCUCCAAUACCGAGAAGGUGCCGGGUAUCAACCCCAGCUUUGUGUUCCUGCAGCUCUACCACUCACCUUUCUUCGGUGAUGAGUCCAACAAGCCAAUCCUUUUACCCAAUGAGUCUUUUGAGCGGUCAGUGCAGCUCCUUGACCAGAUCCCAUCGUAUGACACACACAAGAUCGCCGUCCUGUACGUGGGAGAAGGCCAGAGCAACAGUGAGCUCGCCAUCCUGUCCAAUGAGCAUGGCUCCUACAGGUACACAGAGUUCCUGACGGGGCUGGGCAAGCUCAUUGAGCUCAAGGACUGCCAGCCGGACAAGGUGUACCUGGGUGGCCUGGACGUGUGCGGCGAGGACGGCCAGUUCACCUACUGCUGGCAUGACGACAUCAUGCAAGCCGUCUUCCACAUCGCCACCCUGAUGCCCACCAAGGACGUGGACAAGCACCGCUGUGACAAGAAGCGCCACCUGGGCAACGACUUCGUGUCCAUUGUCUACAACGACUCUGGCGAGGACUUCAAGCUCGGCACCAUCAAAGGCCAGUUCAACUUUGUCCACGUGAUCAUCACCCCCCUGGAUUAUGAGUGCAACCUGGUGUCGCUGCAGUGCAGGAAAGACAUGGAGGGCCUCGUGGACACCAGUGUGGCCAAGAUCGUGUCCGACCGAAACCUGCCCUUCGUGGCCCGUCAGAUGGCCCUGCACGCAAAUAUGGCCUCACAGGUGCACCACAGCCGCUCCAACCCCACUGACACCUAUCCCUCCAAGUGGAUUGCCAGGCUCCGCCACAUCAAGCGGCUCCGCCACCGGAUCCGUGAGGAAGCCCACUACUCAAACGCCAGCCUGCCCCUGAUGCAGACUCACCCUCCCGGCCACGCCAAGGCCCCCACGCAGGCCCCAGCUGAGCCCACGCCCACCUACGAGACAGGCCAGCGGAAGCGCCUCGUCUCCUCGGUGGAUGACUUCACUGAGUUUGUGUGA